CUAAUGGUCAGACUGUAUGGCAAUCAAGAAAAAAAGGCGGGGCUAGCUCUGACUGCGACUACGAUCCUUCCUGAUUGCACGUGACAGUCUUGUGUACAGCGCGCAGCUAGAGAUGGAGGGAGGCGACACAGCAGGUUCAAAACAUUCAGUCACCCUGAAUAAUGGUGUUUCUAUGCCACUUCUUGGCUUUGGCACCUUUCGUCUGCGUGGAUUAGAAAAUCUCAUUAGAGCUGUGGAUGCCGCUUUGGCUUGUGGGUAUCGCUCGUUUGACACGGCAAGUGUAUAUCGAAAUGAAGGGGAUCUAGGCUGCGCCUUACGACAACUCCUUCCUAAGUAUGGCUUAACUCGCUCAGAUAUCUUCAUUACUAGCAAGUUAUCUCCUGCUGACUUAGGUGAAGGCACACGAGAAGCCUGCCUGCGAAGCAUAUCAGAACUGGGAUGCGACUACCUGGACCUGUAUUUAAUUCACUGGCCAGGCAAGCAAGGCUGGCGUAGUGAUGAUGCACGUAAUGUUGAUGCAAGACAAGUUAGCUGGAGGGCAAUGGAGGAUCUCUAUGAGACUGGACUAAUUAAGGCAAUUGGUGUAUCUAACUAUACAGAGAAGCACUUAACACCGUUGUUGUCUUCCUGCCGUGUUCCACCAGCUGUGUUGCAAGUGGAGUUCCACCCACGUCUUCCACAGAAGGAACUUUUGGCCUGGUGCAGGAAAAAUGGGGUUCACCUCCAGGCCUAUUCCUCUUUGGGCUGUGGGGAGUUGCUUGGUAGGGAUGAAGUGAAGGCAGUGGCUAAGAAACAUGGACGCUCACCAUCUCAGGUUCUACUACAGUGGGCACUUCGAGAAGGUGUGGGAGUUAUUCCCAAAUCCUCAGAUCCUGUGAGAUUAAAGGAGAAUUGUGAUGUGUGGGAAUUUGAAAUGUCAGAGUCAGAGGCAAGUCAGCUGGAGGGUGAUGGCAGAGAAGAAAGGUAUUGUUGGGACCCAACAGGAGUAGCAUAAAUGUAUGACUUAUACUUAUGUUUCAGGUUAGCUUUCUCCCCUUGCUUUUAGAAAUAGUGAUAACAGAUCUAACUUUAAUUCUAAAAAUGCUUUAGGAAGCUUCAUGGAGCCCCUCAAACAGCAUGACGUGCCAGAAACUGUCCCUUUCCAUUGUUACUUGAUGAACUCUCUUUGAGUAGGAUUUGCAGUCUGCCUGCAAGAGGGCCACAUGCCGGCCCUUUGCCAGACAUCAUAUUAUAUUGCUCAUUGGCCAAUACACUUUUAGGGGAUCUUAAUAUGACACUGCUCUCUCGGCCAGGGUGUGCGAGUGUAAGUUUUUCUCUUUUACUGCUCUCUCUCUGUCAGGCCUAUGGCUAGGGCCAGACAAUGCAGAUGAUUGUGGAUUCUCCGCAGGCGGAGCCCUGCUGCUCCCCAUGUCUUCUGAAGGCAUGGCAGUUUUCGGCUCAAAAUGUUGCAUUUAAACACCGAAAUCUGUAGCUUCUGCCUGCACCCAGACUGAAGACAAUGCUUCCAGGUGCAUAUAGAGCAGGAGCGGUUGGGGAGCGGAUUCUCUGCCUGCUGAAAUCAUCAAGGGUAAAACUACAGGGAAGAAUUUGAUCAGAUUAUGUGGGUCAGAUUUUUUAACACUACAGAUCAGAUUCCCCCUAUAGCUAGAAUGUAAAAUCAGAUUAGAUGAUGUCAGAUGGUGUAGUUUGUUUAUAUAUCUACAUCUGACAAUCAAUUUAUUUCAUUGGGGGAAAAAAUUUGGUCAGGCACCAGAUUUUAUCUCGUCAGAUGAAGAUGCAGCAUUCGCAUCCGACGGACAAAUCUGGUCGGAUGGAAAUUUUACAUGUAGUUUACCAUCAGAUCAGUCCCAUUAUAUUUUUAUCCAUGCGACUACAUCUGACUUGUAGGAUGUGGUUUGUCAGUCCAACACUACUAUCCUACAAAGCCCUAAUUGUUAUUUCUGCUUUCACAAGCUGCAAUGUUCAAGCAGAGUAGGUCAUAGAUUCCCUCUAAAUAUUCUGGAGGCCUUUAAUCUCAGACCUAAGCAGGGUCCCACUUACCACUGUGGUAAGCAGCAUAUUGCACGUGUGUUCUCAGGUUUUGUCCUACAGAUACAGAACAUAUGAAGACAUACCCGGCAUGCACCUCAGUAGUGAGCACCGGAGUAAGGAAUUAAGGGAGUUCUGGGAGUGCCUAUGAAACCUGUAUGCUGCAGAUAAAGAAAACAUCCUACAGAAUAUCUGACUAUUCACUUGCAUGCAGAAAAGAUUGCCGUGAUUAUUGUGAAAAGCAUAUAUAUAUAUAUAUUUACUCUAUACUUUGCAUAGAAUCAAAUAAAUAAAACCUAAUGCCAGAGGGGAAAUAACA